CGUCCGCAACCCCACCUCAGAGGCAAGAUUGUUGCUACAACACAAAUUAGUAAGCUUUGGCUGUUGCGCAUAACAAGUUUUGGGGUCGCAGUGUAAGUGUGCUUACCUAGUGCAGCCGCAUUAGAAAUCGAUCAGCUGUUCCUGAUCAUAGCAUGACAGACUUCCAGAUAGCAUUGAAAACUGUCCUCAUGGGGCGGCGCAUGAGAAACGUUUUAGGUUUGCGCAUUUGCAUAAAAAUGCCGGUGGAUUGGGGACGUUUUUACACAUGUAUGAUGAAUAUUCCAUUGUGAUGAUUCCGCAGGACUCGCCAGAUAAUCAUGCGACUUCUUCUUGCAUUUUCUUUUUCAGCAAGACAGAUUCAAACGCUUCGCCUCUAAAUCCAGUUUUUUCUUCCGAUAGCAGAGCGGCUGACGAGUAAUGUUGUCGUUGCAAACAGGGUAGGCGCAGUAGACCAGGAGCGCAUUUGCCAGUUUCCUGCAAUGGCAUAAGUCAAAAACUAUAACGAAAAGGAAGUGCUGGUGCUUUCGAGAUAUUGUUCAGGUCGCGCUGCUAUUGUGCUUUUCAUAUUCAAACUGAAACUUCCCUUUGGGAUUUUACUUAACUAAAAGUACAAAAUGAGUAAAACGAGCGCAGUUGCUGGUGGCUUUGGAAGCACGAAAGGACAAGUCACCGUCGUCGAUGUCGGAGGAGAAGAGGAGGAGCGGUCACUGCUCGGCAAGGAUACAGGAGCAGCUAGUACCUCUACAGGCAGUCGGAAAGAAGGUGGUGACAACAGCGGCACUGGGACGGUCACGGGCGAUAUCAAAUGUAAAAAUGUCUGGGUCUGGAAAAUUGCGAGAUUUGUCAUGCAGAUUUUCCAUGACCCAUGAGGUCUGGAAUGCGGCGCCGAGCAUGACAGAGUCUGUGAGGUCUCUGCCAUGCCUAUCCCGCAUGAGAAACUACCUCCCAACUUGGUCGAAAGUGGACAGCUUUUGGCACUCAUGCAACACAGAUUUUUGCAUUAUUCGGAUUUAGCAUGACAAGCUUGAAUCUUCCAGACCCAGACAUUUUUACAUUUGAUAGCCGAGCGCAGGGAGAAGCUGCUGGUGGAGGGUCAAGAAUGGGACGCAUCCAAGAAAAAAACGCUACAGCUACACACUUGUUUCAUAAACUUCGCCAGCGACACAAAGAGAACCUGCCUUGCAUGAAGGAUAAGAGAACUUGUAAUGCGGAGACCGGGGUACGGGAAAACACGUAGGAAACGAGGAAGGCAAGCUCUUCCGGCAUGAAAAUAAAGAUCGUCAUAUUUCCAAGUAUUCGGAUGUCCCUCGUCAACACGGCGAGAACGAUGACGAGGUGUAGCUGUGGCAUUUUUUUCUCAUGAUACAAUGGCACGGACUCGUACUACGGUGAUUCGACCAAAUUGCGGGCGCUAUUCGUCACCGCAAUAGUGCUGCAGGUUGCUGUAGAAAGAUGA